AUGACAAGAAUUAUCACGUUUGCUCUUCUGGGAGUAUGGGUUCUGGGAUUUCGGGGAGUUGUCUUUGGAGCUAGUGUCGACGCUGAUGCUCAGGUCUAUUUAACUGGCCCAGCUGCUAAUCCUCCGCCGUUGGAAAUUCAACCGCUGAUCGUCUCUGGUCCUUCGAAGAACCGGGUGGACUUGGUCUUCUUCUCAGAUGGAUAUCUUUUGGAGGAGAAAUCAAAAUUCAUGCAAGACGCGCUUCGUCUCGCGGAAGAUGUUUCUGGAAAUCACACAUUCAACACCGUCAAACCACUGAUGAACUUCUGGGCAGCGUUUACUGCGAGUGAAGAAAGUGGCGUAGGUACAGGAGGAAAGCCGAAAAAGACACCAUAUGGUUUAUACCGUGACGGAACUGAACUUCGAGCAGUAUACUACGCUUAUCCCGAAGUAGCAGAUGCGGCAUGCACCUCGAUGGGUGAACAGUGCGAUUUUCCAAUUUUACUAGGCAAUGAUCCUCUCUACGGCGGUCUUGGCGGUAGGUUCACCGUGAUCACGUCGUCGAUACUCAACGGACCCCAAAUCCUCCGACACGAAUUGGGGCAUAGUAUUAUACCCGUCGGCGAGGAAUACGACGGAGGUUUCGCGUAUUUCGGUGUUAACGCGUACCACAAUGCCAGUGAAUCUGUCCCAUGGGCACAUUGGAUGGCCGAGGAAAGCAAGAAGGACCCUCAGUCCACGCCUCCCCGAAUAGAGCGCAGCGUGAUGCCCAUACAAAUAUACCCUUGGACCCUCCUCAACACCUCAUCCCCAUACACAAGUACCUUUACUUCCUCUGGAACUUUUCCACGAUACAUCGUUCGGUUUUCCUUAUCGGGUUUGCCUGAGGAAACUGACCUCCGGGUGGAACUAGAUGGAAAGAAUCUUGGAUGGAAACCCAAGGUGGGGUUGGGUGUGGACCGGUGGCAUUAUGAUAUCAAACUAGGGCAGGGUUGGGGAGAUGAGAAUACAAUAGAACUUGAGAGAAGCGGCGGGUUGACGGGUGGCACGCACGAGCUUAACUUUGUGCUUCUCAAUAAGGCUAGAGAAGGGGAAGCACAACUUUGUAGUGCAGAGGUGUUAGAGUUUGGGUCGGAAGAAGAAUUUGUCUCGACUCCAGGAUACUAUGGUAUUUUUCCAACAUACUCUGACACCAAUGAAACCUCCUACCGACCCACAAACGAAGAUUGCCUCAUGCGCAUUGUCACCACGCCCAACUUUUGCAGUGUAUGUCUAGAGGGUCUCUGGCAUGCACUGUUGAGCCAGGUCAGAUUGAUCGAUGAUUUGGUUGUUUCAACCAUUAAAGGGAGCGAGGUCGCGGGAAUGACAACAAUUGAAGUAAAGCUGGUCCCGUUCGCCCAAUUCCGUUUAGACCUGGAAAAAUUGAAAUCUACACAAUCGUCGGACUGGGCUCAACUCAGAGCCCUUGCCGAGGCGGAGCACUACACUAUUAUCUGGUACAAAGACAAUAUUGCUCUCCCCGAAUUCGAAAAUCAGACGAAGAUUGAGGUGAUUACCCAUGCUACGUAUGCGGUCGAUGUUCGUUUUCAUACCCCGGAGGUAAGAUUGGACAAGGAGGGCCAUUUAGGAGACCGGAGGGAGGUAGUGGUAUAA